AUGGCCGAUCAAUCCGCAGCCUGGCCUGUGGCAGAUGCCGCGCUCUCCCAGGAAAUCCUCGACUUGGUCCAGCAAGCCAGCCACUUCCGUCAGCUUAAGAAGGGUGCCAACGAGGCAACCAAGACCUUGAACCGUGGAAUCUCGGAGAUUGUGAUCCUUGCCGCCGACACCACCCCACUCGCCAUCCUGCUGCACUUGCCAUUGCUUUGCGAGGACAAGAACACCCCAUACGUCUACGUCCCCUCCAAGAUGGCUCUCGGUCGUGCCUGCGGCGUUUCGCGCGCCGUAAUCAGCUGCUCCAUCACCACGAACGAAGCCUCCGAUUUGAUGGGCCAAAUUCGCGCGCUGAAGGACAAGGUUGAACGUCUCAUGAUCUAG